AUGCUUGCUUCUCUGCGCACCAGUAUUAUUAAGAAAAUCAUUGCUGAAAUCAGCUCGGUCACCGAGCUAGAUACAGCUGGCUGCGUGGCACCUUCGCUGUUGGUGGCGGUGCUGCUGGUGCGAGUCGCCGGCGCCGACCUCAGCACCCACUACAGCGACAGCGGUCAUCUGCUGCUGUUGUCGUCCAACAGGAGUGGGCAGAGCAACGACAUUGGUUACGUUUCAGUCCGUGAUGAGGACGACUCGCUUAGGCCCUGUCACCUGAGCGCUCCUGACGAAAACUGUUACGAGAUCUACGAAUCGAUAACCACAGUUCUGCAUGGAGGCAGGGCCAGUGACUGCUUUCAUUUGAAUAUCACCAGCAACUCUACAUCUGGCAUGGUGACGUACUGCACCUGUUACUGUGACAGUCACCUGUUCGGCGGUCCUGCACAGUACAACCAGUCGUGGCCCAUAGAGUACGACGUGUACGACCACUUCUCGUAUGUUACUAAACAGGAACACAACGUCGCCAUUGCCGAGAGGUACUGGUUGUUCUCUGAUGGCACCUACAUCUACGUGCCACCGUACGUCCCGCUUUUUAUCGAUCAAAAUACCAACGAGUCAGAGGAUUCGCUGUGCCUAAUCGCGGAGAACAAACCUCCUUAUCCCGUGGACCGGAAGGACAUGGUAAUGGAGCUGUACGUGUGUGAUUUUGACGAUGCCCAAGAAGCCCACGAGGAUGCUGUGGAAAACUUCCUAGGUAAGCCUUCAGGCAUCCCAGACGAGCGAAUGGUCACUUAUCCCAUUUGGUCGACUUGGGCGCGGUACAAGAGGGACAUUGAUGAGGCGACAGUGAGGGAGUUUGCGUCAGAGAUACUCUCCCACGGUUUCAACAACAGCCAGAUAGAGAUCGACGACAUGUGGGAGAUAUGUUACGGUAGUCUGACAUUCGACUCUCAAAAAUUCCCAAACAUCUCGGUUCUCGUCGACGACCUACACGCGCUGGGAUUCCGGGUCACACUUUGGGUGCAUCCGUUUGUGAACUUGGACUGCGAACCUUACCACACCGAGGCUCUCGACAGUGGUUACUUCGUGAAUAACACUAAUGGCUACACCAACACGACCUGGUGGAAUGGAGAAGCUGGUAUCAUCGACUUCACCAAUCCCGAUGCAGCGGCCUGGUGGGCGGGACGCCUACGGGCACUUCGCAAUGAGACGGGUAUCGACUCGUUCAAGUUCGACGCUGGCGAGACCAGCUGGCUGCCCCAGCUGCCGGACAUCGAGCCCAGGAGGCUGAACCCGGUGCAGUUCUCGGCGGACUACGUGCAGACGGCCUCGCAGUUCGGCUCCAUGAUAGAGGUGCGCGUCGGCCAGCAGAGCCAGUACCUGCCCGCGUUCGUCCGCAUGCUCGACAAGGACAGCAGGUGGGGCUCCGACAACGGCCUGGCCACGCUGCUGACGACGCUGCUGCAGAUGAACAUGGUGGGCUACCCCUUCGUCCUGCCAGACAUGGUGGGCGGCAACGGCUACGGUAGCGACGUCCUCACCAAGGAGCUCUUCAUACGCUGGCUGCAGGCCACCGUAUUCAUGCCGGCCAUUCAGUUCUCGUACGUGCCCUGGGACUUUGAUGACGAGGCGCUGGAGAUCUGCCGCAACCUGACCGAUCUGCACACGCAGUACGCGCCGCGAAUCCUGGAGCUGAUGCAGAAGGCUGUGGAGGACGGCACGCCGGUCAACCUGCCUCUCUGGUGGCUCGACCCCACAGACGAGACAGCCCUCGCCAUCAACUCAGAGUUCCUGCUCGGAGAAGACCUGCUGGUGGCGCCGGUCCUGGAGGAGGGCGCCACGAGCCGCGACAUCUACCUGCCCAGGGGCAGCUGGAGGGACGAGGCGGACCCCGAACACCCCACCGUAGACGGCCCCGUCUGGCUUGCCAACUACUCGGCUCCGCUCAGCGUCCUGCCCUACUUCGCCAGGGUCGACAGCGCCUAACCUCCACCGGGCGCAGAUGUGUGCUGUAUUCCGGAAAUAAACUGCU